AUGAAGGCGAUAGAUGUUGAGGUGACUGUGCCCAGCUAUCUGAGGUGCCCCAUCACGCUGGAUCUGAUGAAGGAUCCUGUGACUCUCUGCACCGGCAUUACAUACGAUCGCCAUAGCAUCGAAACCUGGUUAGAUGCCGGCAAAAACAUCUGCCCGGUCACAAACCAGAUUUUGCAUACUCAGGACAAAAUCCCAAAUCACGCUCUCCGUCGAAUUAUUCAGGAUUGGUGUGUGGCCAACAGCGGCCAGGGAAUCGAACGAAUUCCUACGCCCAAGGCGCCUCUCGAUCCCGCCCACCUCAAUGCAAUUCUCGCGGAGAUUUCGUCCGGGGAGAAGGAAUCCAUACGGAAGCUGAAGCGAUUGGGCAGGGAAAGUGAUAGGAAUAAAAAAUGCAUUGCCUCUUCAAAUGCAUCCUCUGUUCUCGCAUCCGUUUUUGCUAAGCACAGCACUGAGGCUUUGAAUCGUUCGCAACGGUCUGUAGAGAUUUGUGAAGAGGCUCUGGGGGCUCUCACUAUGACUUUACCCCUGACUUCCCAGGCCCUGGAUUCGCUUGCCUUAUCUGAUGCCAUUGCUUGUCUUGUAUGCAAUCUCCGAGAGGGCAAUCCCGAGGCAAAGAACAGUGCUGUUACGAUUCUUCGGGAAAUGGUUUCCAAGGAUAAAUACAGAGACAUGGCUGGGAAAAGAGAGGGAUUGGCAGAGGGUUUGGUGAAGCUUCUGAGAGAGCCCAUAAGCCCAGCGGUGAGAAAAGCAAGCCUGGCCAUAAUAUACAACAUUGCACUGAGGAAAAGAUACAUGAGCAAGGUCGUGGAAGCGGGUGCUGUUCCUGUAUUGGUGGAGAUGCUUGUAGAUGGAGAUCGGAGCAUAUGUGAAAGGGCAUUGUUGGCGCUAGACGUCCUUUGCUAUUGCACAGAGGGCCGAGCUGCGGCUUCUGCGCAUGCUUUAACUCUACCAGUGGUUGUUAAGAAAUUGUUGAGAGUGUCUGAGUCGGCUACCGAAUUGGCAGUCUCUAUUUUGUGGAAUAUUUGCCAGAAUUCAUCCAACUGUGGGGCUGUGUGGGAGGCGCUGCAUGCAGGAGCCUUCGACAAGUUGCUGUUGACAGUGCAGGUGGGAUGCUCUGAGACAACGAGGAAUAAAGCAAGCAAAUUACUUAAACUUUUCAACGCCUACCCACAGGAUUGGGAAUGUGCAGAGACACUCCAUUUGUAUCAGUUAAAGCGUUCCUUCUAA